UCGGCCGCCAGCGACCGAGCGGGGCCCGGCCCGAGCUGGGCCUGGGGGGUGCGACGCCGAGGGCGGGGGAGCGCGCGCCGCUGCUCCCGGACCGGGCCGCGCGCGCCGCCUCAGGAACCGUGACCAUUUUGGAGGUGCUGACAGAAAUCCCAGCAGUUACUGGAGCAACCCCAGCUAUUGGGACACAGCCGGGAACUUUGAAGGAAGUGUGGCGCCUACAAAGCUGCAGCCAUGGGGUCCGAGGACCACGGGGCCCAGAACCCCAGUUGUAAAAUCAUGACGUUUCGUCCAACCAUGGAAGAAUUUAAGGACUUCAACAAAUACGUGGCCUACAUAGAGUCACAAGGAGCCCACCGGGCAGGCCUGGCCAAGAUCAUUCCCCCGAAGGAGUGGAAGCCGCGGCAGACGUAUGACGACAUUGAUGACGUGGUGAUCCCAGCGCCCAUCCAGCAGGUGGUGACGGGACAGUCGGGCCUCUUCACGCAGUACAACAUCCAGAAGAAGGCCAUGACGGUGGGGGAGUACCGCCGCCUGGCCAACAGCGAGAAGUACUGCACCCCACGACACCAGGACUUCGAUGACCUGGAGCGCAAGUACUGGAAAAACCUCACCUUCGUCUCCCCGAUCUACGGGGCAGACAUCAGCGGCUCCCUGUACGACGACGACGUGGCCCAGUGGAACAUUGGCAGCCUCAGGACCAUCUUGGACAUGGUGGAGCGUGAGUGUGGCACCAUCAUUGAGGGCGUCAACACCCCCUACCUGUACUUUGGCAUGUGGAAGACGACCUUUGCCUGGCACACCGAGGACAUGGACCUGUACAGCAUCAACUACCUGCACUUCGGGGAGCCCAAGUCCUGGUACGCCAUCCCGCCGGAGCACGGCAAGCGCCUGGAGCGGCUGGCCAUCGGCUUCUUCCCCGGGAGCUCGCAGGGCUGCGACGCCUUCCUGCGGCACAAGAUGACACUCAUCUCGCCCAUCAUCCUGAAGAAGUACGGGAUCCCCUUCAGCCGGAUCACGCAGGAGGCCGGGGAGUUUAUGAUCACGUUUCCCUAUGGCUACCACGCUGGCUUCAAUCACGGGUUCAACUGUGCAGAAUCUACCAAUUUCGCCACACUGCGGUGGAUCGAUUACGGCAAAGUGGCCACUCAGUGCACAUGCCGGAAGGACAUGGUGAAGAUCUCCAUGGACGUGUUCGUGCGCAUCCUGCAGCCCGAGCGCUACGAGCUGUGGAAGCAGGGCAAGGACUUCACCGUGCUCGACCACACACGGCCCACGGCGCUCACCAGCCCUGAGCUGAGCUCCUGGAGCGCCUCCCGGGCCUCGCUGAAGGCCAAGCUCCUCCGCAGACAAAUUAGUCUGAAGGAAAACAGACACUGGAGAAAGACUGAGGAGGAGAGAAAACCCAGUCUAGAGAGGAAGAAAGAGCAGACCAGAAAGCCGGGGCUGUCGUCUCACCGGAAGCGGAGCCAGCCCAAGAAGCCCAAGCCCGAAGACCCCAAGUCCCCCGGGGAGGGUGCUGCUGGGCUGGGCCUCCUGGAGGAGGCUGGGGGCUGCGUGAAGGAGGAGGCCGGGCCGGAGGCUGACCCCGAGGAAGACGAGGAGGAGCCACAGCCGGGGCCACAUGGCCGGGAGGCCGAGGGCACAGAAGAGGAUGGCAGGGGCAAGCUGCGGCCAGCCAAGGCCAAAAGCGACCGGAAGAAGAAGAGCUACGGCCCACUGCCCCUGCAGCUGCCACCGCCCCUGCCCACCCCCUUCCCCACCGAGGACGUGCUGCGGCUGCCACUGCCACUGGAGCCCCCUGUGCUGGGCCCAGGCUCGGCAGCCACUGAGGAGAGCCCCCCACCGGUGCCCCUCAAUGUCGUGCCCCCUGAGGUGCCCAGCGAGGAGCUCGAGGCCAGGCCGCGGCCCAUCAUCCCCAUGUUGUACGUGGUGCCCAGGCCCGGCAAGGCAGCGUCUGACCAGGACCGUGUGUCCUGCCAGCAGGCCUCCGAGCACUUCUCCCAGAAGGGCCCUGCCUGGAAGGAGCAGGCCUCCCCCAUGGAGCUGGCAGGGCCGGAGGACAGCGGGGCAGGCCACUCAGACACCAAGGCCCGGGCUGGAGAGGUGCAGGCAUUGCCCACCUUUUCCAAGCUGAAGAUGGAGAUCAAGAAGAGCCGGCGCCACCCCCUGGGCCGGCCCCCCACGCGCUCCCCGCUGUCGGUGGUCAAGCAGGAGGCCUCGAGCGAUGAGGAAGCAUUCCCCUUCUCCGGGGAGGAGGACAUGAGUGACCCCGAGGCCUUGAGGUCCCUGCUGUCCCUGCAGUGGAAGAACAAGGCGGGCAGCUUCCAGGCCGAGAGGAAGUUCAAUGCAGUGGCCGCCCUGACGGAGCCCUACUGCGCCGUCUGCACCCUCUUCUAUCCCUACAGCCAGUCUCUGCAGACCGAGAAGGAGGCGCCCCAGGCCUCGCUGGGGGAGGGCUCCUCGGCUGCGCCACCUUCCAAGAGUGGCCAGAAGACCCGGCCGCUGAUCCCCGAGAUGUGCUUCACCUCCGGCGGCGAGAACACAGAGCCACUGCCCGCCAACUCCUACAUCGGCGAGGACGGGACCAGCCCGCUGAUCGCGUGCGCCAAGUGCUGCCUGCAGGUCCACGCCAGUUGCUACGGCAUCCGCCCCGAGCUGGUCAAUGAAGGCUGGACGUGUUCCCGGUGUGCGGCCCACGCCUGGACUGCGGAGUGCUGCCUGUGCAACCUGCGGGGAGGAGCGCUGCAGAUGACCACCGAGAGGAGGUGGAUCCACGUGAUCUGCGCCAUCGCUGUCCCCGAGGCCCGGUUCCUGAACGUGAUUGAGCGCCACCCCGUGGACAUCAGCGCCAUCCCCGAGCAGCGAUGGAAACUGAAGUGCGUGUACUGCCGGAAGCGGAUGAAGAAGGUGUCGGGCGCCUGCAUCCAGUGCUCCUACGAGCACUGCUCCACAUCCUUCCACGUCACCUGCGCGCACGCGGCCGGCGUGCUCAUGGAGCCCGACGACUGGCCCUAUGUGGUCUCCAUCACCUGCCUCAAGCACAAGGCGGGGGGCCACGCCGUGCAGCUCCUGCGCGCCGUGUCCCUGGGCCAGGUGGUCAUCACCAAGAACCGCAACGGGCUCUACUACCGCUGCCGCGUCAUCGGCACCACCACGCAGACCUUCUACGAAGUGAACUUUGACGACGGGUCCUACAGCGACAACUUGUACCCAGAGAGCAUCACGAGUAGGGACUGUGUCCGGCUGGGACCGCCUCCCGAGGGCGAGUCGGUGGAGCUCCGGUGGACAGACGGCAACAUCUACAAGGCCAAGUUCAUCUCCUCCGUGACCAGCCACAUCUGCCAGGUGGAGUUUGAGGACGGGUCCCAGCUGACAGUGAAGCGUGGCGACAUCUUCACCCUGGAGGAGGAGCUUCCCAAGAGGGUCCGGUCAAGGCUGUCGCUGAGCACGGGCGCCCCGCAGGAGCACACCUUCUCGGGAGAGGAAGCGAAGGCCGCCAAGCGCCCGCGCGUGGGCACCCCGCUCGCCGCCGAGGACACGGGGCGGAACCCGGACUACCUGGCCUUCGUGGAGAGCCUCCUGCAGGCGCAGGGCCGGCCCGGAGCCCCCUUCUAGGACAGCCAGCCGCUCGGGCGACCCUCAGCCCCGCCAGGCCGGCCAGGCGUGCCCCGGGCAUUCGCUGGCCGUGAAUUCCUGUCUUCACCUCCCCGGCCCAAGAGGCCACCUCCGCGCCACGGGUGCCCCUUGGGGCAACAGGAGCGAGCAGGACACCGGCACGCGGCCCCCGGACUCAGGGAGCAGGGCCAGGCAGGCUGGGGGGCCGGCCGGGGUGCGCACCCCACCCAACUACUCAGAAUUUUAAACCAUGUAAGCUCUCUUCUCGAAAAGGUGCUACCGCAUUGCCUACUGAGCAGCCUUUGAGAUUGUGACUUCUGUACAUAGAACACCUUUGUGAGGUUCUUUCUAUAAAUACAUAUUGUUUAAAAAAAAAAAGCAAGAAAAAAAGGAAAACAAAGAAAAAGAAAAAAAUCCCCAAAGUUGUUUUCUAGAUUUGUGGCUUUAAAAACAAGAUGAAACAAACACGGUCUUUUUCUUAGAACCAGGAUUUGCUGAGAGAGGUCAAAGCAUCUCGUCAUUUCUUUCUGUUUGUUGUUGUUUUAAGAUAUUAUUUGUCUAUCCAGCAGGCAGGGAAGGAAGUGCGUUGUAGCCGGAACAUCUCGCAGCUCGAGGUGACUCCCUCGCGGUCUCACCAGUGCCCCUUUGCAAAAUAAACACCCUCUUCUCAGGGCUGCUCCGACGCAGUUGCUCGGGGACGUCCUUCCAGGCCAGGCUGAGGGUGAGGGAGCAUCUUCCUGGCUCAACCGGUCAGGGGACACCGGCCGAGUCAGGCCUUCAGUGUGGCCCAGGGCUGUCUGUUUCCCCAACGGACCAGGCCUGGUGUCCUCUGGUGUCCUCGGGCUUUGGCGGCCCGCAUGUCCCCUGCUCUGUAGGGAGGGCUUCCGGGAACCCAAGGGGCUUGGUGGUCGUCCUUGUCACCAUCCCGUGUCUGGGAGGGAGAGUGGGAGAGGCGCUGCCGUCAGCUCGCAGGGCUGUGGGUUGAGUUGAUGAGACAGGAAACGCCACCUUUGCAGCCCCGGCGUGGGAAGCGCCUUCCCCAGACUCCGCGCCCUCUGCAGAGCCGCUGCCUCUUAGCUGGCUCCUGCCAGCGGAGGGGCCGAGGGAAUCAUUUGCUUGUAUUUAAAAAAAAAAGGUUUUUUUUUAAGAUUGUGUAAAGGUUACCAGGCCAGAGAGAAGUAUUUAAUGAAAUUGGAGCCUUUCUUUCCCUUGGUGGGGGAGGGCAGGUCGCCGGAGAGGGCAGGGCCGGGAACGAGGGGGUAUAGCCGAGAUGUGGGGGUUCCCUCUGCACGCCCAGCCCUGCCUGCACGGCGCCACUGUAUUCAUAUGUAGUUUGGAAACUAUUUAUAUUGUCAGGAAGCGGCAGGUGCCUCUGCAGUCCAGGGGCCCCUUGGGGGUCUCUCUGGGCCGCACCCCUCCCCGGUGUGGGUUCCGCCGUCGGCAAACGGGAGCUGCACGUUGUCCCCACAAAGAUUUAUCUGUGUCUUACUAUGUGCAAAAACAAAACAAAACCACCCACCUACCCCAAUUUUUUCCCCCACCCAAGAUUAAGGAUGCGCUGUACUUUUUGCCUAAUUUCCCUGCCUCUAGGUUCAUAAUGAAUUAAAGGCUCACGAGCACUGCGAAGUCCUGC